UUCCGGUUCCGGCCUCCCGGGGGCGGGGAGAAGCCGGGACGAUGCGGCUGUCGGUGGCCGCCGCCAUCUCCCACGGCCGCGUCUUCCGCCGCCUGGGCCUUGGUCCCGAGUCCCGCAUCCACCUGUUGCAGAACUUGCUUACGGGACUGGUGCGACACGAACGCAUCGAGGCGUCAUGGGCACGCGUGGACGAGCUGAGGGGCUACGCGGAGAAGCUCAUCGACUAUGGGAAGCUGGGAGACACCAACGAACGAGCCAUGCGCAUGGCUGACUUCUGGCUCACGGAGAAAGACUUGAUCCCAAAGCUGUUUCAAGUACUGGCCCCUCGGUUCCAAGGUCAGAAUGGGGGCUACACGAGAAUGCUGCAGAUCCCAAAUCGGAAUGAGCAGGAUCGGGCCAAGAUGGCAGUGAUCGAGUAUAAAGGGAACUGUCUGCCACCUUUGCCCCUGCCUCGCAGGGACAGCAACCUUACACUCCUAAACCAACUACUCCAGGGACUGCGGCAGGACCAGGAAGCAAGUAGCCACACAGCUCAAACACCAGCAGUUUAACUGGAGCCAAGAGUGUGCGGCCCUCAUCAGUGCCCAGGAUCCCAGGGCUUGGGAGCCCUUUUAAUCGCUAAGAACUGGAGCUAGCCUUGUAAGACAGACCAUCUUAUUGGAGCCCAGAACCUUCUGGGAGCCAGAUAAUCUUCUUUGCAAAAUAGAUCAAGUUCCUUGUAUGAGUAUAUGUAAACUGAUUUUUUUCUCCCCUCGGGAUUUCUGGAGAACCAGAACACGCUCGGUCUCUUUGAGACAGUAAAUUCA